GUUGGCUGAUAGCGUAAAAGACACAACCGUCGCCUCUAAAUUCAAGAAAAAAGAAAACGAGACCACAAAACUUAAAUUAAAAUAAUCUGUGAAAAUCAGCAAUAAAGUAAUAAGAAGUCAAACUUAACGGUAUUCAAAACAAAUAGGUUGUGUUGAGUGCGGCAAAAGAAAUGUUGAUCAGCCCAAAGGUCGCCAAUCAAUACAAAUUCAAGCUGUUAAAGCCAACAGCCUUGCAAUUGUGAGCAUGUCAUCCGCCAGCCAGGUCAAAAAGCAAAGGCAAACGGCCAAAAUAAACGCGCUGUGUGCUAUUUACGAGUGUGAAUUGCAUUAGGAUUUGUUUGGCCCACUUUGUGUGCUGAAUCGAUUUCUGCCCACAUAUAUUAUGCAAACACCUGCGCACCGCACCGACAACUGCGACAACUGAACCAGCCCGCAGGACAGUGUUAAUCAAUAAAAGCCUGUGCAAGUGCUAAAGCCCGAUUCUGCCGUUUUAGCUGCGAUGUCGUAAUACCCAGGAAGUUAUGCAGUUGCCGAGCUGUAAACUUGAGCGUUUCUAUGCCGAGACAGGCUAAGCGCUUCCACUCAGAGUCGUAAUCGUGUCGAAUCAGCCAGAAUUAGGGAGCGAACCUCUCCAUCACAAUGUGGACUAAAGAAAACGCAGCCAGACAGUGGCUGCUGGCCUUGACAGCCAUAUUUGGAUUUCUGACUUUUGUAUGGAUUCCAUCAGCCUCAGCCGAAUGUCAAACGCGUUCUAUCUAUUGCUACGAGUGCGAUUCCUGGACGGAUGCGCGCUGCAAGGACCCCUUCAACUACACGGCCCUGCCCCGCGAUCAGCCGCCCCUGAUGACCUGCAAUGGCUGCUGUGUGAAAAUGGUGCGACACCAGAGAUCACCCUACGAGGUGGUGCGACGCAUGUGUACGUCACAGUUACAAAUCAAUUUAUUCAUGGUCGAUCACGUGUGCAUGAUGGAAAGUUCAGGCAAUGGACAUAUGUGCUUUUGUGAGGAAGAUAUGUGCAAUUCUAGUAAAAGUUUAUACUCAUUCGCAAACGGUUAUCAACAUCUCAUGCUCAUCACAAUGCCAUGGCUAAUACUGCUAGCUAAGUUUGUGCCCAGAUAGAUCGACAUCUAAACUCAGAUUGCAGGGCAUUCGUUAAACCCAGAGAAGCGUUAAAAAGUACAUAGAGUUACACCUAGACACGAGACAUACACUCUAUAGAUAUCAUGCCCAACACACUCACACACACACAUUUACACAUUAGUUGAAAUUGAUUUGUAGUCAAGUUCUGAUUAUUUAAGUUUCGCAUUUCAACCAAAUGUAAAUGAUGUUGAUUUUCGUUCUGCAAGCACAGUUAUUAUCAAGUAAUUAAUAUUCAACGAGUAGAUCGAAAGUUUUGACUGCACACACACACACACACACAUACACACAUUUAAAAGACGCCCCCCAAAGGGGGCCCCAAUGAAUGCCGAUGCAUAUAAGACUUCUACAUGAAGAAGUUCUGCAUACGACUCUCUUACUUAUAUACUAUAUACUAUAUUACCACAGUCCAAUGAAUCAAAAUGCGAGCUUGUUGCACUUGCCCGAAAGCAUAAUUACAUUAAUAAUUGGUACUUGGUACUUGGUACUUGGUACCGUGUGCCUGGUUCUUGGUACUUGGAAUGUUUGGUACUCGAGAUCCAUCAAUGAUAUGAACUACUAUUUGAAAUGCAUGUUGUUAAUGCUAAAGCAUGUAGCGCUUAAGUAGGUACUCGUAUCUGUAGUUACAUUUCUUCAAAUUUUGUUACUUACAUUUAUAGAGUCCCAAUGAAAUGAGUCACACAUUUAUCAUACAUAUGUACCAUAAGUAAGCCUAGUAAUUAACUUGGCAUAGAAUACAUACCUAAGCAAAUGUAUAAAUUUCGUUUUGUAUAUAUCAGAGUGCCCACAUUGAAUCGGAACUAAUGGAAAUUGAAAUUUAAUUUGAAAUUGAAAUCGUAAAGAAAAAGGAAAGAUAAAGUAUUGUGCAAUGGUCAAGUCUGAAGUAUGCUUGUCAAUUGCCGCAUUAACUCAAAUGAAAUUUGCUCAUCAAGUUUAUUCCAAACGUCAAGAACUCCAUAUGCAUAACGUAACUUUACUCUUACUCUAUCUAAUCUCUAAUCACUAAGCUAAGAUCUAUGUCCAAUCAUAUCACAAAUACUUUCUCUCCAGGAGUACCUAGACACGCCACACCAAUUUAAGUUCAAUGUCCAGGCCCAGUAGUCGCUUAGCUCCUGUAUAAAGAUUCCUAUUGAUUUCACUCUCUUUGGUUUGUUAUUCAAAAAGUGAUAAUUAGCCAGUAAGUAGCCCCCAAGAACACCCUGUAUACAACAGCUCGAACGAUUCGAAGUUUACAACAAGUUGUUGCUAAAAUUUUGAAUUGGAACAUUGAAGACGGGGCUGUGUGUACAGGGUGUUGCGCAGUCGGGCAGCCCGACUCUGCUGCCCUGCUCUUUUUGUUAUUCAUGCUAGUGAUAGUUUUAAAAGAAAAUCUCAAAUCAUUUAUGUACUUAUACAUAGUUAAAUAUAGCUUAUGAUUUAUUUUUCUUUACACAUAAUUAUAAUUAUGAGAACUUGAAUUUGUAUUCUAGGCGUAAAAAAAACCAAAAAACAAAAAAUAAAAAUUUCGAAUUUUCAUUUAUGUAAUAGAAAAUUGGCUUAUCAGAAAUAAACAUUUUUACCACAUACAUGCCUAUGUACAUGCUGCAUAUGUAUGUGUAUGUAUUUGCUAUACUCAUUUUGAAAUUUACUUCAACUCUCAACUUUGCCUUAUUUCACAUCACCUAGAUCAACUUUCUCAACUGCACCUUACAUUUGUAAUAUACUUUAGUGCUGGCUUUAGUUACUAACCUGCUAUACUAAUUAUUCUUGUAAAAACAAACAACAAACAACAUCAGGACAUGCUUGAAAGCUUAAACAACUCAUCUCCGUCCAAGCGUGGAGCAUGCUCUUUACAAUAUAGCCUAGCCAUACGCCCCGCAACUUCCCCCAGUCUCCCUAAGGUAAGUCCCCACGUAGCACCAUUCUCUCAUUUCGAUCGCCUGUCGAGUUGGUACUGCAAGGACUCGAGUUCAGGUCCAAACGGGGACCCCAUUCUCGGCGUAGUACACUAUCAGGUCCCCGAAAUUUGGAAACCAAAUUCAUCUGACACUUGGAAAACCUUUGGUUUUUGUAUAGUUCAUUUAUUCUUCGUUUAUCUAUUUAUGUUUUGUGGUAUGUUGGUUUCUUUGACUAUAAUAUACAUAUAAUAUAAACAUAUAAAAAUACAUAUAUAUUUAAACAAUUUCGGUUUGUGAAUGUGGACAAUAUUCUUAUAACCAGUAUUUGAUUGAAAGUUAAUGCGUUUCAAAGUUUUUAACAAAUUAACGAACCAAAUUUAUUUGCAUCAAUUACAAGAAAUGCAAUCACCAUACACAAAUUUGUAGUGCAAAAUGAAAAAUAUAUAAUAUCAUUUUAGUUUAGUACUUUUUGUAGUUAAACAUCUCUCUGAAUCUGUUCCUCUCUCGCUCUCUCUCUCACACACACACUCUCUCUCUCUCUCUCUCU